AAUGAAAUAUUGGGAGAGAUCACAAUCCAAUCUCCAAAACUUCCUCCAUACGAUUUGAAAGUGGGCUUUAAUACAGACUCUUCCUUACAUACAAAGGAACCUGUUGCUCAACUACAGUUGGCACGAUCGAUACAAGAGUCCGUUCAAGCUGUUCAGCAAGGAAAAUCUUUGUUAUAUCAUGUUCAUUUUCCCUUGGGCCAACCAAUUCCAAGACUAACCAAAAUACUGUUUAAUAAUCAACAGAUUUGUCCAAGUCCCAGAAAGACAGAAACUAUCCCAACUACUAAAGAAAUACAACUUACAUCUAACUCGACAAACGAAGAGUCAUUUUCAAUGGCGGAAACUAAUGGCGAAAAUCCAAGCUUAUCUACAAUAGAAAACGAUAAAAGAGAUCCAUCAACUACUAUUAAUCUUUCUAACAGAACUGAUAACAAUGAAUGCGGUAUCAGCAACUAUACCGACCGCAAAAAUCUUUUAGUCAUUAACGGAGAAGAGAAAACCGGGCCGUGGCUAGUGGCACUCUUCGUUGUAAGGAAAGAUCAUGAAUUUAGGUGUUGUGGUUCUGUUCUGUCAACUAAACAUAUUUUAACAGCGGCACAUUGCUUAAAGUUGAAUUUUUCCAGUAAUUUUGAUAUACCUCCCAACGUAUUAGUAGUGGCUUUAGGACGAUUUAAUUUACGCCAAUGGCGUGAGAGAGGAACUAUAAAUCGGGAGGUCGCAAGUUACACGAUACAUCCUAAUUACACUCACGAGGAAUCCGGCGAUUCCGAUCUGGCAAUUUUGACACUCAGAACAACCGUCGAGUAUAACCUUUUUAUCAAACCUAUUUGCUUAUGGACUGGUUCGAACAAUCUCGAUGAGGUCGUCAACAGAAUAGGAUACGUCGUAGGAUGGGGUCAAGAUGAGUUUGGUAAUCCUUAUACCGCGGAACCACGAAUGGCGAGAGUUCCGAUUGAGGUAACUUGUCUCAGGAGCCACCCAAUUUUUAUUACUCUCACUUCGGAGCGCACUUUUUGCGCUGGUUUGCGAUAUCAAAGUCCUUGCAAUGGUGACAGCGGAAGCGGAUUGGUGCUUUACGACUCUUCUACAGGCCGUUAUCGUUUGCGUGGCGUCGUUUCGCGGUCAGUAACUGGCAAUGAUUUUUUGUGUGAUCUCCAGAGGUACAUUGUCUACGUCGACGUGGCCAAAUAUAUACUCUGGAUUCAAGAGCAGAUCUCUACUACGUAAUUCUGAUCUCUUACCUUGUACAAAAUACAAGAUGUGUUACAAGACAA